CGCCGGCUAUUGUGUGUGUUAUCUUUUAUAUUAACAGGAGAGAGACCACCGUCUUUGGCCUUGCUGGGUGACUGGAGCCGGUUAGCCGAACGACCRGGACGGUGCAGAACCAUGGCAGACGAACAAGAAAUCAUGUGCAAGUUGGAGAACAUCUUGGAAAUACGGAAUAAGACGAUCCAGAUGCAGAAGAUCAAGUCUCGUCUGAAGAUGGAGUUUGAGGCUUUGGAGUCUGAAGAGAAACAUCUGAAGGAGUACAAACAAGAAAUGGAUCUCCUCCUGCAAGAGAAAAUGGCUCACGUUGAGGAGCUGCGCCUCAUCCAUGCAGACAUUAAUGUUAUGGAGAGCACCAUCAAGCAGUCAGAAAACGACCUGAACAAGCUGUUAGAAACAACUCGCCGCCUGCACGAUGAGUACAAACCUCUGAAGGAGCAUGUCGACGCUCUCAGGAUGACUCUGGGUCUGCACAGACUCCCCAACUUGAACGAAGAGGAGGAGAAGCUCUCCCUGGACUACUUUGAGAAGCAGAAAGCAGAGUGGCAGAAGGAGCCGCACGAGCCCGCCAUCCCAGAAUCCCUUGCUGCCGCUGCAGCAGCAGCACAGCAGCUUCAGGUGUCCAGGAAGCAGGAUGCCCGGCAGACGGCCACCUUCAGACAGCAGCCUCCACCGAUGAAGGCUUGCCUGUCCUGCCACCAGCAGAUCCAUCGCAACGCUCCCAUCUGUCCGUUAUGCAAGGCCAAAAGCCGCUCACGCAACCCAAAAAAACCCAAGAGGAAGCCAGACGAGUAGAGCCUCCUGGCACCUUCAGCCUCAGCAGCAGCUGCUCCGACGCACUGAUCUGGGGUCAGCUCGCAGACCUCCCUACACGACUGAACUCACGAGCUUUGUGCUUCGGGACGUUUUCCACCCGGCCUCCACUUAAGUAAACUGUUUUAGGGAAUUGUUUUAGAGCCUGUCAACAGUUGAUUAUAGAUAUAGUKAUGUCAUUUUGUUGUCUGUGUUCAUCAGCGCUUCGUUCAGUGUGUUUACAUGUUGACUCCCACAGUAGUCUACUAGCCUCAGAACAGUGUAAAUGCAAUAAUGCAAGAAGUGAACUUGUCUAAAUAACGUUGCUCCUCUUUGUUUCUUGCCUCUGAUGUGUUUUUGUGCUCUUUGUUUCCUGCAGUGCAUGCCUUCUGUCAUGGCUGUUGUGUGUUUUAUUGCCAAUAUAAAGUGGACUGGUUUUAAUAGCUGAGUUAACUACAGCGUUGUUUUAUUUUUACAGUGCUCAAAGUGACCACCAACACUGGGAACAGGGCCAGGCGCGUUUGCUUUGAACAUUGUUCUUUAACUUUAACACAGGCAGGAGAAAAUAAAUUGAUGUUUUUUUUU